GUCAUCGCUUCAACGGAUUCUUCAAAGCUUCGUCCUUCCAGACGGCACUUCCUUCUUCUCCUUCUCCUCCUCCUCCUCCUCUUCCUCCCCGACGCCGUUGCACAGUUCAAAAGCAGGUGACUAAGCAAGAAAUCGCGCUUGGGUCUGCCGCAUAUUCUCCAAGCCCCGGAGAACAAGUUGAAUCAUCUAUAAAGAUCUCGGGAGAGAGAGAGAGCGACGGUUGAUACGGACUUCGCUCUUCGACAGGUUUCGGUGGUUAUCCAGACCUUGUUGCUUGCGGAACUAGCCAAUUCGCCUUUCGACGCGGCGACGGUAUGGCUGAGAGGAAAGUGCAUCCGGAUUGCGCAAACGCCUCCAACCCGUAUCACGAAUGCGUCGAAGCUUGCUUGAAAAAGAUAGCCGAAGGACAGACGGGAAAGAAGUUGGCUAAGAGGAAUUCCGGAUCCUUCAUUUUCCUUCUUCCCAGAAAACUCAGCAUGCCGAAGAAAAAGGAUCUGGAUCGAAGGCACUCCAACGAUUCCGUCCUGAAGAAUUUCAACCUCUCCGACAACCUAUCCCCGAAAGAUCUGUCUUUCAAGAAGGUCGAGUCGUGGGAUGCCGAACUCAUGUUCCCAAAGGCUCGUUCCAAAGUAAAUCAGCUUCAAGAUACAGGAGACCUCCAUUCUCCUUCUGAGCCUAUGCGAAAGCCGUCGAAGCAAUCCAACCCUGCAGAGCUCGAUGACGACAAGGUGGAUUCCGCUGCAAUUGUCCGUGCUGCUGAAUGCGGAAGGGAUGCGGCAUUUGGGUCCAUGGCUUCCUCGAUCACGGUGGUUGACCAUCCUUCUGAGGUGAGCGACGACGUCAAUGAGGAAGACCACGAGCCCGUUGUUUCUGAUUCGCACGUCCUCGGGAAUUACCGCGUGCAAGAAAGCUCCUCCUCGGUCCUUAAGUCGGUUAUUGACAAGUAUGGAGAUAUAGCAGCCAACUGCCACCUCAAGUCGGCUGCGAUGCGCUCUUACUUUUUAGAGUGCGUCUGCUCCGUGAUCCAAGAGCUGCGGGGCACCGAGAUCUCGCAGCUGAGCAAGUCGAAAAUCAAAGAGAUGCAGGCCAUCGUGAGGGACGUGGAAGCGGCGGGGAUCGAUGUGGGCUGGCUCCGCAACAUGCUGGAUGAGAUCGCCCAAGUGAUUCAGCUCAACAAGCAGUGCCGCGAAAUCGAGAUCGUGAAGAGACACCGUGAUGCGGACAUAGGAUCGGCCAGGAAGGAGCUGGAACUUGAAUUGGAAGACUUGGCGGAGAAGGAGAAGGCGGUGGAAGCUGCCAAGGCGAAGGUUGCUGAAACCAGAGCCCAGCUGAGCGAGCUCGAGCAAGAAUCGUCCAAAUUGCACGAGACGAUGCUUUCAAUCAAGUCCAAGGCCGAUAGCAUCGACUACAAAUCAUUGGUAGCUGAAAUCUUGUAAGUUAGUAACUGGGAACUGCUUUCAGGACGUGGUUAGGUACCUUAUUUGUGUCCAAUUUGCUAGUUGUUGAAGCAUUACUACUGUACAGGAUUGACAUUUG